AUGCAUCUUCAAGUUACAAAGGGUGCAGACAAUAAGUGGACGAUAACCAAGCUUCGUGAGUCUCUAAGACAGUAUAUUGUAUCCAGAGAAAAGGCAGACAUACCAAAACCAGUCAGUGCUAAUUUUGUACCUGAUAGAAGAGUUAAUCCACAGUUUCAAAGAUCAACAAAUACUUUUAAGAGCUACAGGGGUAAUUCAACAACAAGUACCACUACCGGAGCUCUGACUGCAUAUGACAAGAAAGGACAUACGCCUCUAACGCAUCAUCAAAAACAACAACAACAUAAGAGAGUAUGUAGAUUCUGUAGUAAAAAUCAUUGGAGUGACGAAUGUCCGAAGUUUAAAACAAUCGACGAAAGAAAAGCUCAAAUAAAGGGAUGCUGUUACAAAUGCUUAAGAGAAGGACACAUGUCUCCUGACUGUAAAAGUAUACGUGUUUGUGUAUAUUGCAAUAAAUCAAAUGUACACCACAGAAGCUUAUGCCCUGAAAAAUUUAGAAAGGCAUCUCUGCAAGAAAGUGUAAAUUUGUUAGAAGAAGUAGCAUGUGUGUCUGAAGAUAGAGCAAAACCAAAGGAAAUUCUUAGAAAUUCUACGGAUGAUAAAGCUUGUAUUGAAAGUGCUUUGUUAUCUUCUAAUGAAAUAGUGAUGAUGCAAACAUCGCGCACUGAGAUUUGUGAUCCAGAUGGUCAAAAUAAAAAGAAAGUAAGAAUCUUAUUAGAUUCAGGGUCGCAAAGAACAUACAUAACCGAGAGACUGGCUAAAUCUUUGAACCUCAAGAAGAAAAGUAGGCAAGAGAUUCGUCUAGUUACAUUUGGGAGUGACAAACCUAAAGUGAUUAGAACCAUGUCUACGCAAUUGAAUAUUCAAUUAAAGGAUGGACAGAAUUUCGCUAUAACAGCAAAUAUUGUUCCAACAAUUACAGGAAGCAUUCAAAGAAAACCAGUGUCAAUAUCUAAUAACGGAGAGUUCAGAUCGUUAAUCAAGAAUCUUACUCUAGCGGAUGAUAUACCGACUGAAGAAUACACAGAUUCUAUUGAUUUGCUGUUGGGAAAUGAUUAUUACUUAGAUAUAGUGUUAGGACAUAAAAUAGAAAUUCAGCCAGGCUUAUACCUCUUGUCAUCAAAACUUGGUUGGAUUCUUUCAGGAAGAACAAGUGAAAUCGAUGACAGCGUUACUGAUGCCAAUAUGCUCAUAUUAUCAUAUGGCAAUAACAUAACUAAGACACAAGUGUUUACAACAGUUGACAAAUGUGUUCCAAAAUUACCUGACAUAGAAGACUUUUGGAAUAUAGAAACAAUAGGAUUGAAAGAUAGCACAAAUGGAAGAACUGAGGAUGAUCAAGCGAUAGAUGAGUUCAAAGAAAGUCUUGUGUUCAAAGAUAACAGAUAUUAUGUCAAGUGGCCGUGGAGAGGCGACAAUUAUGAAGUUCCAGAAAAUCGUCCUCUAGCUUUUGGACGACUUAAGUCAUUAGUGAAAAGGUUCAAAGAUAACCCAGAUGUAUUACAGAAAUAUGAUUCUGUUAUUCAAGAUCAGCUUGAAAAGGGAAUUAUAGAAAAAGUUGAGACCUCUGAAAAGAAUAGACAUAUCCAUUACUUACCUCAUCACGCAGUGAUAAAGCCUGACAAAUCAACAACAAAGCUGAGAAUUGUGUAUGACGCGUCAGCUAAAUCAAAGGUUGAAAAUAAUAGUCUAAACGACUGCCUUUACAGAUGA